GCCUGUGGCCCAUUUUCUCACGGAGAGUCCCCAAUCCUCACUUUCGCUCUCCAUAGGGGGGAACCCGGCCGGACUGCCGGCGCAAAUCCGAUCUCGAUUCCAGUUCCGAUUCCUUCCAAACCCCCCCACAAAAAUCAAAUCGAGUCUAGGCUGUAGAGGAACUUGAGAUGAAGGAUCUCAAGUUCCGAUUCCUUCCGCCGCAUUACGACUCCGGCGACGCAAGGCCAUGCUUUUCGCUGCUAGAAAAGCACGCCUACCUCGUCCGCCGCCAAAACGCCACAACCGCCGCCUGCGACCUCGACAGCGGACGGAUCCAGGCCACCUUCUGCGCCGCCCACCCGCCACGCGCAUCCUACUUGUGCAUCCAUGCCACCGGCUUGGGUCGCACUAAGCUCCGCGCCGAGCCCCAGAUCUUGGCCACGGAGGGGCCCCUCGCCGUCAUCCGCGUCGUCGUCAACCGUCGCAAGUCGUUCGUGGAGGUGGAGUACUUCGUCUACCACGCCGGCAGCAGCUCCUCCGAGGGACGCCGGCCGCCGUCGCUCAAGCGCAUCCCGAACCCCGCACCCUACUUUUUCUUCAACGAAAAUACGGUUGCCAUCGUGCGCCACUGCCCUCGUCAAGCCAGCACCCGGCGUCGCCCCGGCGGCCUCAGUGCCUGCGCCCUGCGCCCCAACCGACGAGACAGCAAGGAGGAGGAGGAUCAUGACUGCGGCGACUGCAACUACAUCAUCGCGGCACUCCGCAACGACGGGUCCAACACCAGGGCACCCUACCAGCUCUGCCGGUACCACUCCAAGACUGAAACUUGGAGCCCUCCCGAGCCAAUGGAAACCGAGUGGGAGCACGGACCUUACCCUUCCGGUUCCUCCUGCAAGGCCAUUACCAUCGGAGGAGAGCAAGGCACAGUGGCCUGGGUCGCUCUCAACAAGGGCGGCAGGGGUAUCAUCUUUUGCGACGUGCUCACAAUAACAGACAGCAGCCCCCGGCCUCCGGUGCUUCGCUGCCUGGACAUGCCGCCGAAAAUCAAGACUUUCAGUGGACGUUCAUAUUAUGUCCGGGAGAUUGACCUCGUCGACGGCUUCAUCGUCUACAUCGAGUUGCAGAUACGUGACCUUGCGCCAGACACACCUACAGAUGAAUAUGUUUGGAUGGCCAGCACAUGGAAAUUCAAGAUCGACUCAUCUUUGCCGUUUUCAUCUAUCCAAUGGCAGCGGGGAUGCAAGUUAGGCUCCUCUGAGGUCAACAAAUCCAUGCGUGAUAAGCUUAAACUUCGCGAUGCCGAAACAAUCUGCAAGAUAGGCCUGCCCGUCCUGAGCCUUCAUGAGGAUGGCAUUGUUUACAUCCUCACCACCCUUUUCCGCGAGAAGAGGCACACCAAGUCAUGGGUGCUUGCCAUUGACAUGAAAAAGAAGAUGGUGCAGGAGCUGGACGAGUUCGAGAACAACCGAAAAGUCUACUUAUUCGGGGGCUUCUUGAUUCCAAGUAGGAUCACCAAAUAUCUCCAACUUGAUCCAGAUACAACAAAGCAAAACCACAAGCGACAAAAGAUGAUGCUGCAACGACACUCGUGCGUGGACCUGCCCGGAGUCGCCAUUGAGUCCCAUUCAGAUAUGGAGUUAGAUGAUGAUGAGGAGGAGGAAGAAGAAGAGGAGGAAGACAAUGGGCCAUCCCUGCCAGAGCCAAAAGCACAAACCCCAGAGGAGCUAGCACUGGAAUUGGCAUGCAAGCCGUGGCUUCUUAACUUAGAGGAGUUGGUACUGGAGAAGUCAGGCAAGUCGUGGAACGAGGUACUCCAAAGCCGAGGCAGUGCAGUUCCCGUUUCGGAGGGAGAAGUGGAGGACGUGGAGGAGGCGAGCAAGAAGCCACGGACAUAUGAUUGGAUUAUCUGAUGCCUUUUGGCUGCUUGACAUUUGUGCACACUUAGAUUAUCCUGUGUCUUUUGUUUAGUAAGAGUAUGCUAACGGAUUCACUUGGGUGUCGCUUAAGAUUAAUGUUAGCUAUGGGGUCUCAUCACUAGCACCUGUUUUGAACUCUGCGUGUCAUCUGCUUGUCAGUUCGUGAAAUUAUGACCAACUCAUUAAGCCUGAAAUUUAAUCCUUUGUUUGUGCAGAAUUUUCUGCUGCAA